AUGAUGUUGUUGAUUAAUUCCUUGUGUUGGGACUUUCAAAGCCGAAAUUGCUCCAUUGCACAUUUGGCAAGGGCGAAUUGCAUGAUGGAGGGACUUCUUGCUUUGUGCAAACAAAUUUCAAAGCCCAGAAAACCGUACGCGCAACCGCGUUACAGCCAUCCCCGUCGGCUUCUCCACCGCACUGUAGAAUUUUGUGCAGCUGGACUAGAAAUCAUGUCUUGGUGCACUAUUGAGUCGGAUCCUGGUGUUUUCACAGAACUUAUACAGCAGAUGCAAGUUAAAGGUGUGCAGGUUGAGGAGUUGUAUUCACUGGAUCUUGAUUCUCUAAACAACCUAAGACCUAUAUAUGGCCUAAUAUUUCUUUUCAAAUGGCGUCCCGGUGAAAAAGAUGGUCGACUUGUGAUUAAGGAUCCAAACCCAAACUUGUUUUUUGCCAGCCAGGUGAUCAAUAAUGCAUGUGCAACGCAAGCAAUCCUGUCAAUUCUGAUGAACAGUCCAGAUGUUGACAUUGGCCCAGAGCUGUCGGCCCUGAAAGAAUUCACCAAAAAUUUUCCACCUGAGCUUAAAGGUCUGGCUAUCAAUAACAGCGAAGCAAUUCGCACUGCACAUAAUAGCUUCGCAAGACCCGAGCCAUUUGUACCUGAAGAGCAGAAAUCUGCUGGAAAAGAUGAUGAUAUCUAUCAUUUUAUAAGCUAUAUACCCGUUGAUGGUGUUCUGUACGAGCUUGACGGAUUGAAGGAGGGACCCAUCAGCCUCGGGCAGUGUCCAGGUGGGCAAGAUGAUAUCGGAUGGUUAGAAAUGGUACAACCUGUGAUUCAAGAACGCAUCGAGAGGUAUUCCCAGAACGAAAUACGGUUCAACCUAAUGGCUAUUAUAAAGAACAGGAAAGAGAUGUAUACAGCCGAGCUCAAGGAUCUCCAGAGGAAGAGGGAAAGAAUCCUCCAACAACUGGCGGCCUUCCAGUCAGAGAGGAUUGUAAAUAGCAGUAACGUGGAAGAGCUGAACCAAACUCUUUCAGAAAUCAAUGCUGGGAUUGAGGCUGCUACUGAGAAAAUAUUGAUUGAGGAAGAAAAGUUCAAGAAAUGGAGAACGGAAAAUAUUCGCCGGAAGCACAAUUACAUUCCCUUUUUGUUCAACUUUCUGAAGAUCCUUGCUGAAAAGAAACAGUUGAGACCACUCAUAGAAAAGGCCAAACAGAAAACAACGGAAUCCUAG